UAAUUUUGGUUUUUGAUAUGAACUUAACACAAAAAGUAUUUGAAAGGUUUGGUAGUUAAUUCUUUGUUGUAACAAUGCUUCUUGGCUAUAAAUGUUAUAGCGUUUGAAACCUGUUUUCUUACCUUUCAAAUGGUGCCACAUUUGUGAGGAACAUGCAUUUGUGGGAGGAGCAGCAGAGCUGAGUAUGUGGGUUGCGCCCAUGAAAAAUGUGACAAAGCUCCUCUGCCAAUGCCAAACUGCUUUUUUUGCUGUUGACCCUUUUCGUGUUUGGUGGAUUGUAUGACUGAAGUCUGAUGAAACAAGACAUAUUGGCAACAAUUUGUUGAUGAAUAAUGAAUGAAUGUAGCAAGCAGCCUUUGUAGCGUGUGGAAGAACCAUACACAGCCACAACAACCUCUCCUCACCAGCCUGAUAACACUGCUGUGGGAUGGCAUCCCAUUUUUCAACCAGUAUUUGUCCCAAGUCAGCCAGCCUGGUUGUGUUGGUCACUCUGGCAUGGACAGCACGCCCAAGCUGAUCCAACAAGUGUUCAAUGGAGUCGAGGUCAACACUGCAUGCAGGCCAUUCCUUCCUCUCCACUCCUACUCUAAUGGUGCAGCAAUCAGCAGUGUUCUCCGCGUCUUCUCCACACUGUGACCCUAAGAUCCAAGUUCCGUAGACAGAAUCUGGACUCAUCGCUGAACUUCAUGUUCCUCCACAUGUUGAAGUUCCAGUGCAAGUGGGCCUGACAGUGAAGGGCAGUCAAGGCAGGCCUCCUGGCAGCCGUACAAGACUGGAGAUUGGCUGCAGUUUGGCAUUGGCAGAGGAGAUAUGUCACAUUUUUCAUGGGCACAACCCAAUGUUCUUCACAAAUCUGGCACCAUUUGAAAGAGCGUCUCCCGUUCUCCAUCCGGGUCCUCCUGGAGUCUGCUGUCAGGAACUGUGAUGAGUUCCUGGUGAAGAGCUCAGAUGUGGAAAGCAUCUUGAACUGGAAGCAAACCCAGACUCAAACUGUAGAGGUCCCGUUCAGACCGGCUCGAGUCAUCCUGCAGGACUUCACUGGGGUUCCUGCUGUGGUGGACUUUGCUGCCAUGCGUGACGCAGUGAUGAAACUCGGCGGGGACCCAGAGAAGAUUAAUCCUGUCUGCCCUGCUGACCUUGUCAUCGAUCACUCCAUCCAAGUGGACUUUAACAGAAAGUCUGAUAGCCUGCAGAAAAACCAGGACUUGGAGUUUGACCGCAACAGAGAGAGAUUUCAGUUCUUAAAGUGGGGCUCUAAAGCCUUCAGGAACAUGCGGAUCAUCCCUCCCGGUUCAGGAAUUGUUCACCAGGUCAACCUGGAGUACCUGGCCAGAGUGGUGUUUAACUUUGACGGGUACUUCUACCCAGACAGCCUGGUGGGCACAGACUCCCACACCACGAUGAUUGAUGGACUCGGCGUCCUGGGCUGGGGUGUGGGUGGAAUUGAGGCGGAGGCUGUAAUGCUGGGUCAGCCAAUCAGCAUGGUACUUCCUGAGGUGGUGGGAUACAAACUGUCCGGUACCCCAAACCAUUUCAUAACCUCCACUGACAUCGUCCUCACUGUCACUAAGCAUCUCCGUCAGGUGGGUGUUGUUGGAAAGUUUGUGGAGUUUUUUGGCCCGGGUGUUUCUCAGCUGUCCAUCGCUGACAGAGCCACCAUCGCCAACAUGUGUCCAGAGUACGGCGCCACGGCAGCCUUCUUCCCCGUGGACGAUGUCAGCGUCCAGUAUCUGGAGCAGACCGGGCGAGACGCAGAGAGGCUGGCCUAUAUCACAAAGUACCUGAAGGCAGUGUCGAUGUUCAGAGACUACAACAAUGUGUCCCAGGAUCCAGAUUUCACCAGGAUUGUGGAGUUGGAUCUGACUACAGUGGUUCCAUGCUGCAGCGGCCCCAAAAGACCUCAGGACAGAAUUGCUGUGUCUGAAAUGAAGACAGACUUUGAAUCCUGCCUGGGAGCAAAGCAAGGUUUCAAGGGUUUCCAGAUACCUGCGGAGCACCACAGCACUGCAGUCCCCUUCCAGUUUAAUGAUAAAGAGUAUAUAUUAAACCACGGCUCAGUGGUCAUCGCUGCUAUCACCAGCUGCACCAACACCAGCAACCCCUCUGUCAUGCUGGGAGCAGGGCUCCUUGCAAAGAAAGCCAUAGAGUGUGGCUUGAGUGUGAAACCGUACAUAAAGACCAGCCUGUCCCCCGGCAGUGGAGUGGUCACCUAUUACCUGAAGGAGAGUGGGGUGAUGGACUACCUCUUUCAACUGGGCUUUGAGGUUGUUGGCUAUGGUUGCAUGACCUGUAUAGGCAACAGUGGGCCACUCCCCGAGCCGGUGGUGGAGGCCAUUACCCAGGGCGAUCUGGUGGCUUCAGGCGUCCUAUCAGGAAACAGAAACUUUGAAGGCAGAGUCCACCCCAACACCAGAGCCAACUACCUGGCUUCCCCCCCACUCGUCAUCGCCUACGCUAUAGCUGGCACAGUGAGGAUAGACUUUGAGACAGAACCAAUUGGCACUAACUCUGAAGGCAGAGGGGUUUUCCUCAGAGAUAUCUGGCCCACACGGGAGGAGAUCCAGGCUGUGGAGAGAGAGUUUGUCAUCCCAACAAUGUUCAAAGAAGUCUAUGAGAAGAUUGAGAAAGUGAAUGAGCGCUGGAACUCUCUGGUUGCUCCUUCUGACAAGCUGUAUCCCUGGGACACCAACUCAACCUACAUCAAGUCUCCACCCUUCUUCGAUGGUUUGACCAUGGAUCUGCCGCCUCCCAAGUCCAUCCAUGACGCCUACGUGCUGCUGAACCUGGGAGACUCCGUCACCACCGACCACAUCUCUCCUGCAGGGAACAUCGCCAGGAACAGCUCCGCAGCGCGCUACCUGACCAGCAGAGGUUUGAGCGCUCGUGACUACAACUCAUACGGGUCGCGUCGAGGGAACGACGCCGUUAUGGCAAGAGGGACGUUCGCCAACAUCCGCCUCUUUAACAAGUUCCUCAAUAAGCAGGCGCCGAAGACCAUUCACCUGCCAACAGAAGAAACGCUGGAUGUGUUCGAUGCUGCAGAGAGAUACAUUCAGUCCGGGGUGCCUCUGGUGAUUCUGGCAGGGAAGGAGUACGGCUCUGGGAGCUCCAGAGACUGGGCCGCUAAGGGCCCCUUCCUGCAGGGUAUUAAGGCGGUGUUGGCAGAGAGCUAUGAGCGGAUCCACCGCAGUAACCUGGUGGGGAUGGGAGUGAUUCCUCUGGAGUAUCUCUCAGGAGACACCGCUGACAGCCUGGGACUGACCGGAAGGGAGCGCUACACCAUCCUCAUCCCCGAGCCACUCGCCCCCAGGAUGAUCGUGGAUGUGAAGCUGGACACAGGCAAGACCUUCCAGGUGCGGAUGAGGUUCGACACGGACGUAGAGCUGGCAUACUUCCGCCAUGGAGGCAUCCUCAACUACAUGAUCCGCAAGAUGUCCAGAAACUAACAUGCUAAUAAGUACAGUAGAGCGCACAACGAGAGCAACACGUGUAAUUUUUCUAAUUCCUAACUACUCUCCAACAGUACUGUGAGUUCAUCGAAUGGUUUACAGAAGAACUACGUCCAAAAAUAAUCCAUUCAUUGUCCCAGUUGGUGCAAAUAUACAACCAGAACAUUAAUUUUGUUCAUUUUUAAGAAUGCGGCUACAAUAAUUAUUUUAGGCACAUAACAGACCUGGGGGAGAUAUAUAUUUUAGAUGUGUAUAUUAACUAAAGGUAUGCUAGACAAGAUGAUUUAAAGAGUUAUCUGAGAGGAAGUAUGGUUGUGUCAAUAGAGUAUUCCAGAUUAUUACAACAUAGGUCUUGUUUUUGAAAGUUUGGUCUUCAUUUACGAUAGCAUGAUGAUGCUACUCGCUAGAGCUAGGUAAAAUAUGAUGUACCUUUUUAUGGUAUGAUCCGACAUGCUUUGGUACUAAAGCAGCAUGAGUGAUGUUGACAGUUAUCAAUGUUAUGAUGUUAAAAGGUUAUCCGUCAGCCAGGAGAAAUUUGUUAUACCCCGACAGUACUGUGGUUGCGGUCUAUACGUUUAGCUUAUCUUCGUUAGCCAAUAUUUUAUUAUGUUUACAAAUUUGGAUUAACUGAUAAUGCAUGGGGGGGUGCAGUGACCAGUGGAGAUGUAUUUAAGUGUUGCUGCAAAGAAAACACAAACAGCCAAUCACAGUAGCUUCAGCUUGUAGUAGCACAACUCCCAACCCAAGCAGCCAGUGCAGGUAGUUCUCUAAGGGAAACAGUGCCAGCAUUAUAUCAAACUGCCAGGCCUAAAGUUUGCGACAAGUCUAAUGAGGAUUUGUUUUUUGUGUGCCCCUGUUCGCUCUCAGGCGUGAAAACGUGACAUUUGACAUUUUUCCAGCCGGAGGUUCUACACUCUUCAGCAGGUGGCAGUUAUGUAAUCAGGUUUCAAACUUACUGAGAAUCAUGCUGAAUGUAAACAGACACUUUUAAACAACAAAAAAAACACCUUCAACAGCUCCCAUCUCUACCAACUGCCAGGCACAGUUCUGGACCGUAUCAGUUAGGACACUGACGUAAAGACCCAUGUAGUAGUAAUCCAGAAUUCUCUUUGAAAAACAAGGACCAUUAUGAGAUUCAAUAAUAUAUUUUCUUGACUGUAAUGGAGAAGAUUUUGUGAUGCAUUCAAAGCUCCAGGAAAAGAUACUGCAUGGAGCAAGCAGUGAUGUUUGUCAGGGAAUAAAUUGAGGAAAAUAUAAUAUUGUUGAAUAUGAAAUUUGUCAAUAAUAUUACUAUCAAAUAAUUUGACCCAUAAAAUCCUAAAGGAAGAAAUUAAGUGUGAUUUGACUGAUUUAAAUGUUGUUAAAUGUCAAGAAAUUGUGAAAAAUCAAACCUAAUGAAUUAUAAAAAAAACCAACAUAACAGUUACAGGACCUGAGAGGCUGGAAACAGCAAUUGUGGUCAUUUUUGCAUGAAAAAUAUUUUUAAAUUAAAUGUAUUAUUAUUAUAGUGUUAAAUUGUCAUCUAACCCUGCAGCUCUACUGUAAUACAGUAAUAACCUCACAUUGCACAUUGUUCGUUUGCUUUCAUCCAACUUAAGGUUUUUGGUUCAUUCACAAAUGUUGUCAUGGUUUCUCUUUCUGUUCUGCUGCUGUUAGUCUCACAUAACCGUACCGAAAACAUGGCUGUGUGUUCUUCAGACAUUCCAUAUUUGGUGAAUCUGCCUUAAUAACGUCAUGUGAUCGCCUUGAUUUAAUAUGUUUGUGUCUUCUUCCCUUUGUCCUAAAACACUGAUCAUUUAAUUAAGAAGGCUGUCAAAACCAUGCUCGAUGUCGAUUGAUAGCAUUAAGCCACAGAUUACUGAAAAACUGAAUAAAAUGUGAUUUUUCA